UCUCAUUAAAGUCAGGAUAACCCUCUAUAUAAUUGCUCCUCUUGUAUUGUGUAAUCCCAAACAGUUAGAUAUCCAGAACCAAAUCUACACAAAUUGAAUCCCUUAUUAGGAAUUUGCAAAGCAAAUUCAUGACUGCCCUAUUUAUACCCUUAGUUUUGAUCCUACAAUGCUGCUUCACAGCUACCUCAUCCCACCCCCUAGACCCUCUAACCCCAACUGAGAUCAACAAAGCUAGGCUCACAAUUCAGAAGUCACACAUUGGAAAUCUUCCUAACCUCACCUUUCAUUUUGUUGACACUGAAGAGCCAGAGAAAGCUGAAGUCCUCAAAUGGUUAUCUUCAAGCAAUCAAAAAAGGUCCAUCCAUCCCCGCCAGGCCAAGGUGGUGGCUCGAGCCGGUGGUCAAACCCACGAGCUCAUUGUGGACUUGGCCACCGGCUCUAUCAUAUCCGAUCAUGUCCACACAGAUCAUGGAAACCCUCCUCUCACCUUUACCGAGCUUUUCCUAGCUAGUAAGCUUCCUCUCAGUCACUCCAAAUUCAUAAACUCAAUUUCAGCAAGGGGAUUGAAUUUAUCUGAAGUUUCAUGCCUACCCUUUUCAAUUGGAUGGUAUGGGGAAGAAAUUACUAAGAGAGCUGUGAAAAUCCAGUGCUUCUAUAGAGGAGGAUCAGUCAAUGUUUUUACAAGGCCUAUUGAGGGAAUAUCAAUGCUAGUGGACCUUGAUUUGAUGAAAAUUGCAGUGUACACUGAUAGGUUCAGAGCUCCUUUGCCCAAAGCUCAAGGCACUGACUUCCAAACCCCAAAAGAAAAUUCCAAUUCUGCCCCUUACAACAAAACCAAAAGUGGCUUCCUCGUCUCAGGUCACAAGGUCAAAUGGGAAAAUUGGGUUUUUCAUGUUGGGUUCAAUGCUAGGGCAGGAAGUGUGAUCUCUACAGCUUCUGUAUUUGACUCCAGGAAGAAGAAGUACAGGAGUGUGCUGUACAAAGGGCACGUGUCCGAGACGUUCGUGCCAUAUAUGGAUCCUACAAGUGAAUGGUAUUUCAGGACAUUUAUGGACAUUGGUGAAUUUGGGUUCGGGAGAUCAGCUGAUAGUUUGCAGCCUCUGAUUGACUGCCCGGAAAAUGCUGAAUAUGUUGACGGGUUUAUGGCUGGGGCUGAUGGUAAGCCACUAAAGGUAGAAAGGGCCAUUUGCAUCUUUGAGAGGUACUCGGGUGAUGUUGCAAUGAGACAUACUGAAAUUAACGUUCCAGGCAAAUUGAUAACAAGUGGGCAGCAGGACAAAAGUUUGGUGGUUAGAAUGGUGGCUACUGUUGGCAACUAUGAUUACGUUCUUGACUGGGAAUUCCAGCAAAGUGGCACCAUCAAAGUUGGGGUGGGUUUAACAGGUGUCUUGGAGGUAAAAGCAACUUCAUACACAAGCAACGACCAAAUAACGAAAAACGUUUACGGAACCUUGGUAUCAGAAAACACCGUCGCGAUUAACCACGACCACUUCCUCACAUAUAUGCUAGACCUAGACGUCGAUGGUAACGCCAACUCCUUUGUCAAGGCCAAGUUCCAAACGGCAAGAGCCAGUACCGUUAACCCAACAUCACCAAGAAAGAGUUACUGGAAGGUCGUUAGGGAAACCAUCAGGACUGAAGCCGAGGCGAGAAUUUGGCUCGGCUUGGAGCCUGCCGAGUUGUUGAUUGUGAACCCUAAUAGUAAGACUAGGCUUGGAAAUCAGGUUGGUUACCGGCUGAUUACAGGACAGCCGGUAACUUCUCUUCUGGCUGAUGAUGAUUACCCACAGAUUAGGGCUUCUUAUACCAAGCAUCAAGUUUGGGUGACUGCCUAUAAUAAGUCAGAGAAGUGGGCUGGAGGGUUCUAUGCUGAUAGGAGCCAUGGGGAUGAUGGCUUGGCUGUUUGGAGCCAGAGGAAUAGAGCUAUUGAAAACAAAGAUAUAGUAUUGUGGUACACGGUGGGAUUUCAUCACAUUCCAUACCAAGAAGAUUUCCCAGCUAUGGCCACCCUUCAUGGCGGAUUCGAGCUACGCCCUGCAAAUUUCUUCGAAUCCAACCCAUUGCUCUAACAAAGCUGCCCUUUUGAAGGGAAGUUCUUAGUUAUGACAGAAAUACUUUAUAACACCAUUCUUCAAAAGUUUAAUUAAUCAAGGUUUGUUGUGAAAGGGACAAGGUGUUGUACACAUACGUUGGGUUGCUUCACUUCUCUGCAUAGUUUGCGUUCAUAAAUCUGGACUGACUGGUGGCUGGGAAGGACUUUAGUAAAUCACAUCUGCAGAGAUUAGUUUGACUCUUUUUAAGUUUGUAAAACUGAAACAUAAUACAAUCAAUGAAAGUUUUAAUUUAUCAUUCGCCUCA